GCGCGGAAGCGGCCGGUGCACCCACCCGAGCCCGCGGGCAGCAGGGCGGCAGCGGCCACGGCCGGGCGCCCCGAAGGGUGGGGCCCCGGGUCGCUCGAAAGCGGCUGAACCCCCGCGGCGCCGCCGGCGGCCCCAUGAGUCGGGGGACCAUGCCUCAGCCCGGAGCGUGGCCGGGCGCGAGCUGUGCCGAGAAGCCGGCGUGGGAGGCGGGGGCCGCGGCACCGGAGGGCGGGAAGGCGGCAGCCGGCGGGCCGCCGCGGGCCGCGAUGCGGUGCGCAGCCGAGCACGAGGAGGACAUGUAUCGUGCAGCGGAUGAAAUAGAAAAGGAGAAAGAAUUACUUAUACAUGAAAGAGGGGCAUCAGAACCCAGAUUAAGUGUAGCUCCUGAAAUGGAUAUCAUGGACUACUGCAAAAAAGAAUGGAGAGGAAAUACGCAAAAAGCAACAUGUAUGAAAAAGGGCUAUGAGGAGGUGUCUCAGAAAUUCACCUCCAUAAGACGAGUCCGUGGAGAUAAUUACUGCGCGCUGAGGGCCACGCUGUUCCAGGCCAUGAGCCAGCCGGCGGCGCUGCCCUCCUGGCUGGAGGACCCAGAGCUCACGCUGUUACCAGAGAGACUCAUGAGCAAAUACAGCUGGAUCAAGCAGUGGAAACUUGGACUGAAAUUUGAGGGGAAGAGCGAGGACCUGGUUGAUAAAAUAAAGGAGUCCCUUGCUUUGCUGAGGAAGAAGUGGGCAGGCUUGGCUGAACUGAGAACUGCCGAAGCGAGGCAGAUAGCUUGUGAUGAACUGUUCACCAAUGAAGAAGAAGAGUACAGCCUCUAUGAAGCUGUAAAAUUUCUAAUGCUGAACAGAGCCAUUGAACUAUAUGAUGAUAAAGAGAAGGGAAAGGAUGUACCAUUUUUCUCUGUGCUUCUGUUUGCUCGGGAUACAUCAAAUGACCCUGGACAGCUGCUGAGGAACCAUCUAAACCAGGUGGGACACACUGGUGGCCUUGAACAGGUUGAAAUGUUCCUUCUGGCCUACGCCGUGCGCCACACCAUCCAGGUGUACCGGCUCUCCAAGUACAGCACCGAGGAGUUCAUUACCAUCUAUCCCACCGACCCACCCAGGGACUGGCCGGUGGUGACCCUGAUCGCCGAGGACGAUCGGCACUACAACAUCCCCGUCCGAGUGUGUGAGGAGACAAGUCUGUGAGAGACCCACCUGGACAGCCUGGCCACCUGGCCAAGGUGCGUGGGCAGCUCCUCGGCUCAGCGUGCAGGUCCCCUAGAAUGACCUCUGAGGACUCUUGGGCCCUGUGAGCCAGGCUGGACUCAGUGAUGUUCAGUGAUGUUCUGAAGACUGGAUUUUAGGAAUGAACCAAGCUUUCCCUUUAUCUGAUGCAGCAUGUUUCAGUUGGGGCCUUCAGAGCAUACCUAAUGGUAAACGGGCUUUCAUUUUUUUUUUAAAGGUAGUAAUGUUUUUGUUUUGGAGGUAUUGGGUCUCAGCAGUGCCCUUCCUAUGCCAUCAGCUUCCCUAGUAGAAUUCUAGGGCAGAGUCUGUUAGUGGCGUGGCCUCUGACGGUCUCAUCGAGCAGUGGUUUGGAUUUAUAUGUUCAUUAAAGCUAUUUUAAGCAGAUUGUCUUAUAGAAGGUCAAGAAUUGGGUCCAAAAGUGAGUUACUUAAAGGCUGGAGAAAGAGCUUCCAGAGGAGGCAGUGGCACCAGGACACCCUUGCUCUGCAGGAACGUGGCAGGCGCCUGAGCUGGCGGCUGCGCUGGCGCAAGUGGUGGGUGGUCAGUGGGGGAGUGCUACUUAUAGUUGGUCCCUAGGGUCAGGGGCUGUUGGUUAUUCUCCAGUUCUGUAGAUUCACCACCUCAUAGUCAGAACAAGGUUAGAUCCACCUGCUUUUUAGAGGAAACCAAGGCCAGAUGACUCAGGCACUCAGCUGGGUUCAGAAGGAGGGAUGAGCUGGAUCCAGGACUUCCCGUGCCCUUUUCAUGCUGUUUUUUGCAGAGUGCUCUGUGCCAAAGUCACAUAACUCAUCUGCUUCCUGGGGAGGAGUAACCACAAAGCGGCUAAGGUUCUUCAUUAGUAAGUUUAAGCAGAAGCCUGUUCUGAAACAGUGCAAGAGCAUGGCUGAGCUGUAUCUGCCCUGUUCGGUUUGGGAUGCCUGGGGGAGGGUGUUCUGGCCACCCACGAUUGCCUGCAUGGCCCCAGGCCAGGUGGUGCCUGUGGGUGGGCAGGGCAGCCCAGCUGCCCAGGCUCUGUGAUGAGGCCUGAAUCAUCCAUGUGGACAUUGUUCCCAGGAACCAGUUGUGUCACUCUGUAGGACUCCCUAUCAGUGGCACCUGAAUUGGCUCAGUAUUUGUGGAGGUGCUGUUACCCUGAAGUACCUAGUUUUAUUUUAUAAUUAAAAUCUUUAUUUGGUCCAACUUAAUGUAGUUUAUAAGCUAUCUGCUUUUUCUUUUCCCCCAGAGGGAAAGAUGUACCUUUUGCGAAAAUGUAACUUUUGCUUUCACUUAAAAAUUAAAAUUUUUGGUUGAGAAAACUCUGAGGACACAUAAAAACUAUGCAGACUGUUACAAUAGUAUUUUCCCCAUUACCUCAUCAAUAAUAUUCACCACAUUUUGAUAGAUGCAUAUUCCCUGGAGUGUUUGAAUCCACUUCUUCUCUGAAUGUGAGUGAAUGUGUUAGGCUUGUUUUUCACUGUGAAAUGCAACAGUGCCUCAAAUAAGGAGGUACCUAGAAGGCAAAUGAAGGUAAUAAUGACUUCUUGUUAGUUUUGAUGCUUCAUUUUAUGUAAUCUCAUUUUCAUGUAACUUCCAGUAGGAAAUCCUCACCAUUCAUUCUUGAACAUUUUUAAAAGCACAACUUCAAACCCUCAGGCUGCACAAGGCAGUAGGGUCUGUGUCCAUCCAACUGUUGGCUCAUAGCCCCUGUUGAAUUUAAUAAUAUUCAUAAUCAUCUGUCUUUGCAUUUUGAAAAUGUUGUAGUCUUAGUGAACUAGAACUGAGCUUUUGGACAAUCGAAUUGUUUACAUUUCAUACUUUUUUCUUGUUCCUCUGUGUGGUAUUGUUGUCUUAACUACCACAUUGAUAGAAAUUCAAAAGGAUACAUUGCAGUUGCUUUCUAUCCCAAGGCUCUGCUCUCAGAUUGUCAUCCAGGCUUAGAGGGAUCAUAGCAUCACAGAAGACAAGUUUUCAAAGAAAUGGUACUUUAGGAAAUUUAGAUGAUUGGAUAACUUUAAAAAUAUAUUUUGUUGCAGCAUGCAAUUACAGUUGUCUAGAGUUUUAAUUCCAUUUCUCAUUCCUGGACUUGACCUGGUCGGGCGAUGUCAGCAGCAGAACUGAAAUUGAAUUGAGGCCAAAGUGGAUUCAGGAGCAUAAUCUACCUAGAGGGAUCUCUAAAAUGAUAAGAGUGUUCCAGAAGAAGGAAAGUAGCAGGAACUACCCUGUGCUUACUUUUCCAACCCAGAGUUUAUUGUAAGAAUUCAGCAGUUUGAGGCCCUGUGGUCUUGGCAGAAAGAAAAUGUUUGCCUUAAGCAGGUAUGAGUUAUACCUUUGAGGGCAUAUAAGGUGCCUUAAACCUAAAGUUUCCUGUCACAAAUUCUGUGGAAUUAACACUGCUCCUUUAGGACUUUUUCUGCUCCUCUCCUCUCCUGCUAAGCUACUUCUGCAUUUACAGAAUCUGUUGAUUUCACCCAUACACAUGGCACAGGUGAUGGCAGCAGUAGAAGACAAGAUGGCAGUGUGUGGUCUUUCACUUGCACUCUAGGCAUAGAUGGGAUUCGAUCUGAAAUGUCAGUGCCUCUUCCUUAGAGUACAGUGUGUUUGAAAAUGGUUUGAAUGCACAGAAUGGAAUUGGCCUGCUCUCUUCGUAUAGCCAUUUAUGCUUUUAUUAUACUGUUAUGUAUUUGACUAAUGUCUGAUGAGAAUUUUCUUUGAUUGUGGGAAACAGACAUUGUAUUCUUUCAUUUUUCUCUUCCCCUCCAGUCCUAGAGCUUAUCAGGUAAAAUCUCAGGCCACGUGAAUCUCACACUUCCGUUGGAAGGAACACCUUAAUUGGUUUUUGUGUGUUUUUCUUGUUUGUUAAGAGGCUGUGUUGUUCCUCCUGCCUUCUUCACCUCAAGGUGCUAUUUUACCUAAGAGUUUGUUGUCUGCUUUUUGAAGAGUUUCCAGAUAAUGACUGUUAGGUGCUGUGUCACCUUUAAUGAUCUAGCGCUCUUAGCAUCUCAUCAUCGGAGUCGGACUCAAGUAGACUUCCUGACUUUGUCUUCAUUUUGAUGUUAAAGUUUGAUUAUUUCCUCUCUGUCUUUCUUGAGCAAGACUUCGCAGGUACCUCCCUUUGAAAGGCAGGAAGCAUUUUCAGAAGUAUAAACCUCCAGGGAAUCUUCUUUAUAGGCAUACCAAAAAAAAAAAUACAUAAAUGCCUUUUUGAAAAGAUCUGUGACUACUGAAAAACAAUAAACAGGAAUGUGUGUGUGUGUGUGUGUGUGUGUGUGUGUGUGAAUCUGAAAUGUGUGUGAAAGGCAAGAAUCCCCAAAUGGUUGACAAAGGCAGGGCAUGGUGUCACGUAAUUUAAAAAUGACCCAAGGAACUGUAAGAAGUGAACUGAAGAAGGAGGGACUGAUUUUAGGUGAAAAAUGCCUUUUUAAAAGCAAAACAGCAGAUGCCUGACAGACCUUCCUGAUUUAAGUUGUAAAAGGUUAAAAAUCUGAACCAGUGGAAAGACUUCUGUGCUUGGAUUCUGCAAAUUCCUUUUUCCAAAUUUUAAGUCCCCUGUUGAACAGAAAUAGAAUACAUGAUGCCUAACUCUUUGGGGGAACCUCCUUGGUGGUCUCUCUGGAGGGGCUGGAGAGACCAGGGCACCCGUGCUGAGUUAUACGGUGAAUAAAGACACGGGAUACUGAUGAUUAA